GUCUCUUAUCCCUAUUGUAAGAAUCACACGAAAUUCAGAUUAAAGCAAGAAUUUGAUGGACAGACUCAAAAGCCCUUCAAUUCUUUCCUUCCAAAGAAAAGGAGCUGUUAGUGUUGGGUGCAGAGAAUCAUGGCCAGCAUGGUGGUUGUGCACCACAAACAGCCCUCUUCCACCUCCAUCCUCCUCUCCUCAUCUCUCUCUGACUUCAAUGGCGCCAGACUCACUGCUUCAGUUCAGUACAAGAGGAAAUUAUGGCAGCCGAAAGGAGCGUUGCGUGUUACAGCAUCGAGCACCAAGAAGAUUCUUAUAAUGGGAGGCACUCGAUUCAUCGGUAUAUUUUUGUCUAGGCUUCUUGUCAAAGAAGGCCAUCAGGUAACCCUGUUUACCAGGGGAAAAGCACCCAUUGCUCAGCAACUGCCAGGCGAAUCAGAAGCUGACUUUGCUGAUUUUUCCUCCAAGAUCUUGCACUUGAAGGGAGACAGAAAGGACUUUGAGUUUGUGAAGAGCAGUCUUGCCGCAGAAGGAUUUGAUGUCGUUUAUGAUAUUAAUGGACGUGAAGCAGUUGAAGUGGAACCCAUAUUGGAAGCUUUACCAAAUCUAGAACAGUACAUAUACUGCUCCUCUGCUGGAGUCUACCUCAAAUCUGAUUACCCACCGCAUUUUGAGAUUGACGCAGUUGAUCCCAAGAGUCGACACAAAGGCAAGCUCGAGACAGAGAGCUUGUUGCAAUCACGGGGCGUGAACUGGACGUCUAUUAGGCCAGUCUACAUUUACGGGCCGUUGAACUACAACCCUGUCGAGGAGUGGUUCUUCCACCGGCUGAAAGCAGGCCGCCCUAUCCCAAUUCCCAACUCAGGCAUGCAAGUCACUCAGCUUGGUCAUGUGAAGGAUCUGGCAACAGCUUUUAUUAAGGUUCUUGGUAACGAGAAGGCAAGCAGGGAAGUGUUCAACAUAUCUGGAGAGAAAUAUGUUACCUUUGAUGGAUUAGCAAAAGCGUGUGCUAAGGCUGCUGGAUUCCCUGAGCCUGAGAUUGUUCAUUACAAUCCCAAGGAGUUCGAUUUUGGCAAGAAAAAGCCAUUCCCUUUCCGUGACCAGCAUUUCUUUGCGUCGGUUGAGAAAGCAAAGAGCGUGCUGGGGUGGAAACCAGAAUUCGACCUGGUCGAAGGCCUUGCAGAUUCUUACAACCUGGACUUUGGAAGGGGGACAUUCAGGAAAGAAGCUGAUUUCUCCACUGAUGACAUUAUUCUUGGGAAGAGUCUUGUUCUCCAGAGCUAGGUCCUUAGUUGUCUCUUUCUCUUGUUUUCUAUUUUCUAACUCCUCUCUUUGUGUCUCCUUCUUGAGCUAUUCUUACUUUUUCUUACAGUUUCUGUAAGAACAUUCAAACCCAAAUUACAAAAUUUUAUCCUACAAAAAUGAUCUUGUGAACAA